GUAUUGUUUCAAACCGGAAAUCACUUGAUUAGCUGGUAUGUGAAUGAUAAUCCCGCAUGUGAGCAUGCGCUCGUCAUAAUCAAACUACCCACCCCUAGAUUCAAGGUGCACUCGCCCGUACACACACUAUUUGCACGCCCCUGUAUUUGCAUAUGAACGGAAUUCAUGCCGUGACUUCGAGCGGCCGAACUGCGAGGGAUAUGUGACUGGGUGAAAAGAAUUCGAGGCCCCCCGUGUACCGGUAAAUAAAGCAUACGGGAGUAUUAUAGCACUUGGCCUGCACGACAGUACACAGGAACUAGCAAUUUCCGCUCUGUUCCCUUGAGCGACACAGUACCUUCGCCGUUUGUAGCCUACACACACGGCCAACUUGGACUCUAUACGAUUGCUGUAACUCGUUGGGACUACUUACUGGAAUAUACUGUUAGCCCGUUUCUGUGGAGUAUUUUAUGUUGUUGUGACCAUUUUAGCUGGAUAAUGACUAUUGAAAGUGGUGGAUGGCGAAUGAGUUCGAAUAUUCGUCUUGGAAUAGCAGAAUAGAAGCAGUUUAUGGCGAACAGAGCUGCCACAUGUUACACCCAUGGCCCAAGAUGGUGGAGAUUUGGUAGUACGGCAGCCCACGUCUGUACACGGCUCGCCGACAGGAUCAAUUCCUAUCCUGCUACCACCAGGCUGGCGUAGUCGCAAUCUUCAGGCGCUCAGGUCAGCUACUGGAGACGAGGCGCGACCUAAUGAAUAUGUGGACACCAACAACGAUAGACUAAAUGGUAGGAAUAAUAACGAAUCGCCAAACUCAAGAUCUGCUGAGAACUCUGGAGAUGAAGGGUAUCCUAGAAGUGAUCUCAUUGUGAUCAGGGACCCCAAAGGUAAAGCAAAAGUACUCAGAGUUGUGAAAUCAAAACCUGACGAGAAACUUAAAGGUAAAAGCGAACAGUCAUCACCGACAACACCGACACAUGGUGGUGAACUUCAUGGGAAAGGAGAAGAAAAAUUGAGUAAGGAUCCAUUUCCUUGCCCUCAGUGUGGUUAUUGUAGGUGUGAGAAGUGCAGAAAUAGCAAUAGACUACCAAGUACGUGGUGUUGCAACGGAAGGUGCGAAUGCUCUCCAGAGUGUGUUCUGAACUGCUGUACAUGCAUGACAUGCGUAAAAAGCUUAUUUUAUCAUUGUGCAAGAGAAUCGGACAGAGAGUACGCCUAUUGUACUGAUGACCCUUGCUCCUGUCGGCCUCACUUACGAUGUACUAGAUGGACUUGCUUGAGUCUCUUGUCCUUAUGCUUGCCUUGUUUAUGUUGUUACCUUCCUGGGCGAGGAGCACUCGAAGCCUACAGACAAUGCCAUUCUCAGGGAAGACAAGGAUGUCAGUGCAGCAGAUGGGAGAACGGUGAAGCAUAUGACGCGUUAUGAGAGUAAGCAACACCCCAAAUCUUUAAAUGUUAGCUGCAUGUUUAUUCAACAAGAUGACAGUCAAAUAUGAGAACAGUGCAUCCUGCAGAAGGCUCGUGCAUUCAACAUUAUGGAUGAUUCUUACAUCGUAUCUUGUGGAUGUUAUACAGGCAUCGUGGUCUUCAUGGACCUCUAAAAUUACACACCUGCACAAUCCAGGAGAGCUGCAAAAUCAACCCUGGAACUGUUGGAGAGGAUUUCUGCGGAGUGCAGCUCAGGACGAUGAUAUGUUUACCAUGAUCUCUCGUCACAUCUCUGAGAUGUGGCUUGAUAGGGUCACUAUCGACCACCGAACAGUUCCGGUAAGGUAAGGGUUGCAGGAGAGGCGAGGCUUCAAGAAUGGGGUACUAGUAGACAACGGUGCCUCAGGGCCUGGCUUCAUGAAGCUUGCAGAAAGACGUCUCCAAGUGGCCAGAAGACACUGCAAGAGUCCCUUCAUGAUGGUGUUUUUUUUUUUUGUAUUUGUGCAGUCCCUACCAAAAGGUGGUCUGACUCACAGUCCUGGUAGACAGUGUGUUGUCCAACAACUAGUGAGGAUGUGGGAUGUACAUGUAUCUCGAAAUAGGUGCAAUUAAGACAUAAAUGAGCCACUACAAAUAUACAUCAAAAAUUUGUUAUUCAUGUAGUGUGCUAAAUGUUUAAAUUUAUUAUAGAGCUUCAAAUACAAAAAUAAUUUAACGAAAAGAGGAAAACGAGUUUGUACAUUUUUUGUUUCUAUUGAUUUACAAGAACAUUGAUUGGUUCUAUGAUGCUAUGGAUUAUGGAACAAUGUAUGGAAGAAAAUAUAUUCUUUCUGAAAGAGUUAGAUUCAGAAUAAUGUGCCUAUAAUACUUUGUCACAUCUCUAUUUAACCUAAAUCGAUGUACAUUACUACAUUUGCAUAAUGUAUUGUGUAAUGUGUAUAUCAGAAGUCACCCAGAAAACAGGUAUUAUUUUGUUCAUUCAGUGGAUGAUAUUACAUUGCAUGAUGUGCACAACAUCAUUAUUAGAAGUGAUUAUAGUGUCGCGUUUAUUGUAGGCAUUCUACACUGUAUCAUUCAAAAGUGAGUAUUGCCCCCUAACAAUUUAUUUUGUAAAGGACCCCCAAAAUGAAGAGGUAACGCAUGCACAGUGUAAGAUAACGUUAUGCAAGUUCGUUCUUCCGUAAUGUGUGUAAUUUGACACGAGAUAGCAUAUCAGCGUGAUGGCCUAUUAAUAUUUAUGGACCUUGUAUGAACUAGCUUGGGGCCAAAGUUAGACAAAUGGGUAGAACAGAUAACGAUGAAGUUCUAUCACAGCCGAUGUACACUUUCUACGCGUAUAUGGCGUACGUUCGUUAUCUCUAAUCGCACUUCUCUCGCGCGAUAGUAUUCAUCUGAUGCAAUACGCUCUAUCGGUUGAGAAUGGUGAAGAAAAGAUGGCGGGGUUUUUAGAUCGCUACCGUCUCUCCUUGUGUGUUGUGUACAUAAAACUGGUAACGCUUUUGGAGAAAAGAUAUUUUGUCUAUUGGACGAGUUUGAGACUCCAUAUUGUUCGAGGGGUCGUGGAGUGUUUAGUAAGGGACCAGAGUAAACAGGAACCUUCCACUAAGCAUAAACCAGAGGUAUGGGAGCUGGUUUGCCCAAAUCCUUUUAUCUAUGUGUUGGGGUUUAUCAAGAUUUCUUAGUCGAAUACCCCAGCCGUCACACUUUCAAAAUGGUAGGAAAAGGUUUGAAUGUCCUUGGACUUGCCAGACUGUAAAGCACAAACCACCGCUCAUUAGCGGCGGGAUUGGAUCAAAUGGCCACAUGCCUGUUAUUCCGCUUUGAUUUUAAUGAAUUUUGUUUUCUUGUCUAACCAUAGAGCUAUUCUCUGUAAUAGCUCCAUGGUCUAACCAUCAACGGGAGUAUUUCAUUUAUCUGGGCCCCCACACAUACUUGAUACGUUAUGGUGGUGUAUCAUUUCCAAACGCGAUACCCUAGUGGAUUUGAAAAGACGCCAUCUUGGCAGGGGUGCUUACGUAACAGGCUCCAGCACUACCCGAUGGCCUAUGCCCUAUGUCAAAAUGAAUGAGGGGGAAAUCCAUUUGAAUAUUUCAUUCUAGUUUUUUUUUUUCAUCUCUCGGGAGGAAAAAGCGAUGACAAACCAAUCACAAUUCAUUGGGUUUCUCAUUGUAUGUUCACAAGUGUUCCAUUCUAUCCAUGCCCCACUGCCCCCUCAACUUAUCGACUCAAACUCAUUUUCAAUCCUCAACGUCUUUUCAAACAGACGUCAAGAUCUAAAACAGAAACUCCUCCAAAUUUCUGAAGUUAUUGAAUUAGUGCAUGGCAUUUCCUGUGUGAAUGAGCAAGCCCAAGUUCUUUAUCAUGUUGACCUCUCCGCAGUCUUCUCUCAAUGUUUGCUACCGAAGUCGCCUGUGAUCUCUUUCCGCUUCACACACGGCUGGUUGGCCUUCGUUCGGCCACAAUCUCCGGAUGGCCUGCAACGCUUAGCAAGCACACAUUGCUUUUAUUCUCGUUCUCCCACCCUCCCUCUAUUCAAUUUAGGCUUCCUCUCCGUCUUUAUUCAAGCAUAGAUUGGCACACCUUUAGACCUUCGAAGCCCUAUUGUUCCCAGGUGCCUGCCUUUUUACCACUCUUUUUUUUUCCGGUGAAGAACGAAGACCCGGCCGUUGCUUCAAUUCCGCAUGCAAGCAGGCCAUUUCAAUAAACCUUUCAAGUCGGACUCUGUAUAUUUGCUUCUAGCCGUCGAGUAGCCCAGAACCAAACCAAGCCGAAUUGUAAGAAUGGCUUCCUUUUAACAUUAAGCUGCAAUUGACAUUAUUCGAGCCAUAUAAUAAUCAACCCAUUGUCGAUAAUUUGACAUCUUGGUGGACAGUUCUGGGACGUUACUUUUCAUUUUCACAUCCGUAAAGUUAGCCCUCCUAAAUAUAUAGGCCUAUACACGUAUAGCUAGGUCUAUAUAGUACACACACUUUCAGGCAUUCAUUUGAUACCCCACCCCCCCCCCCAACGAAAAAAAAAACUUUGAGGGGAAAAGCAAAGCACUUCGUCAGCCGAUGACUUUUGUUAAAACCCUGCAUGUGCAACCUUAAUGUUUUUUUUACAAUUCAUGUUUUUUUCACAUUCAUAUAAUUACUAAUACUGCAUCAAGCUAAAUUCUGCAAUUGCAAGGACCAAAUUCAAAAUCACCCUCUCUUAUAACCCAUUCCUUGUUUCCAUUAUUUUCUUCAAACUUUCAAGUCCACCGGAACGUUGCUCCAGUGAUGAGUGAAUAAACCAUUUCCCUUCCCCCCUUUUGCUCACCAUUCAAGCAGAAUUCCGCAGGUCUUUUGAAGAAGAAGAGAGAGAAAAAAAAACCUUAUUCCUCGCUCUUUUGGGCAGGGGCUCCGUCGCCGAUUUGGUUCUUUGUGUGUGCAUUACUCCAACAAUAACAGGCAAUAUAAUCAUUGCACCAGAAAAUAAUUACAAACCAGGACACGGCUUGUAUAUUGUGGGAAGCGCAGAGGAGACCCGAAUUCGCCCUGCCGCUCGUUUCACAAUGCGCUUCCCUGCAUCGCCAGCCGGAGGGGUGGAGCACAAACUCAAUACCGUGUGUGCGCAAGUUCAUUACCUCGGUCUCGCAGUAGUUUCGCGCUCGGAGACCCCAAUGAACUUGCUUGUUGGAAAGGGUUAACCGAAAAAAUAACCAUGCUCAUUUAUACCCUUCAAUCUCUAAUUGUCAUCUGUCUGCAACAUGAUGGUGAAUUCUGAAAUUAAUUUUUACAUUUUAAUUGAUUUUCUCGAAUAAUGAUGUCUGCAAAUAAUGUUCGCGCUAGUUUAUUGUUGGAAAAAAAAUUGUCCAGAACUUGUGAUUCAAACUUAUUCACUAAUGUCAUGCAUAUUUAUAAAGAUAUCAAUGGUCUGAUUUAGUGAACUACCUGUAUUUCUAGAAAGGUGUAAGGUUGCACAUGGCGUGUCAUGUGGAUCACAUCAAUGUAUACAUGUAGUAUUUAAGCCCAUACAUGAACAUGUGAACUUCAAAAUUUCUGUUUUUCAUUUCAGCCCGUUUGUAGUCUAAAUUCUUUCAUAUCGUUAGAAUGUGCACCUUUUUAAAUGAUGAAAUUGCACAAUUGAUUAUGCAAUCACAUGUAUAAGUUCCAAAUAGUUAAUUAUUUCACUUAUUUAACUUUUUAGUUAUACGAUUUUUAAAUGCCAUUUACACCCAACCGAAUUCAUGAAGACGGCUUUUCACAGUGUUGCAUUAGCGUUGAAGAGAAAAAGAGUGUUCAUUAUGUGUUACAUAACAUUAGCAUGAUGUUCAUCGGAAUUUUUCCCCACGUUAGGAAACUAACAACAGAAUACGAACAUUGACAAUAUUUGUCAUCUCUCAAUGAUUUAACAAGUCUCAAUUUCUUUUUUUUUCUAUAAGUUAAGCAGUUGAUCCACUGAUUCCCCCUUUUCCCUCUUUCUUUUCUUUCUUUGUCCCUUAAUGACUACUUUGCGAUUUGUUCACGACUUCCAGACCAUUUUUCCUCUCUUUACAAUGGGAAGCAGAAAUUGGGGCUCGGCAUAAUUGGGAAUGCUUUUUUGGAAGCGAAUGUUUACCUACAAAACGUUCUUGUUUGUUGACGUAGUACGCUAACAAAUCCAAACAUGUGGGAGAAGGGAGAAUAUGAAAGAAAA